AUGCGCGGCGGCGGCGCGGCGGGGCGCGCGGGCGCCCUCGGCGGGCGCGCGGCCGCGGCCGCCGCGGCCGUGGCGCUGGCGGCCGUCGCGGCGCCCGGGCCCGCCUCGCUGCAGUGGUCCAGGGACUUCGACCUGUUACAACCAGGGGCAGGCUCGGACAAAGUCGAGAGUCGGGGAUCGAUGCUGCUCUUCGGUUUCGGCCUCGCGGGGCACGCUGCGGACCCAGGGGCGGUGAGGGCCGUCCAGUACUUCGAGCAGAAGUUCUACGAGGGGGGCGUCAGCGUCCUGAGCGACGGCGACCUCGAGCAGGUGGAGGGCCUCAGGCUGCAGGCGAUGCAGGAGCCCGUGCUCGCCCUGGCGGCCGCGCAGGUGCUCUACAUGUUCGGCUGGUUCAGGUCGACUGGGGAGGUCAUCCGCGGCAACGUGGUGGCCUCGGCCCAGCUCUUUGAGCAGAGCAUCUCUGCUGGCGGCUGCGGCUCCGAUGCGCCGAAGGAGGUGUGGCACGACAACGCCUGCGACAUGAGGUGGAUGCACUCCGCGCUGCUGUACCGCUGGCUCGGGGACACCGAGGGCGACGCGGAGCGGGGGCGGGUCUACCGGGAGAAGGCCCAGCAGUUGUCGCAAGAGAUGCGGUGGGCAGCGGCGCACGCCGAAGCGGGCGAGCUGUGGAGUUCGCCGCUGCAUCUGAACUUCAACUCGAUGAUCUUCCCAGGCAAGCCCUCGCACUGA